CGAUAGCUUCCAACCACCAUACUGUCGGCCUGUUGUGCCCUCCACUUCGUCCAUCCAUUCAUACAUCGAGCUGUCUGACUGCAUCUGUCGCUUCUUUGUCCACGAAUUAAGCUCAGACCCCCUGGUCCUCGUUUUUGACUUAUUCUUGCUGCCUGGAGUUCUAUUGGCCCCCAAAGCUCUUCAACGUUUCAUUGAUUGACGCCCGUGAGCCCGGCAACCCACAAGGCCCCCCCACCCCCAAAAAAGAGACCUGGACGGCAAAGAACCCGCAUUCAUGGUCUUACGAAAACGAGCUCCGCCACGACUCCAAAGCCUCGGUCAAGCUUACGACAAGACAGACCCUCGUAACCUGUCGUCAAAGACCUCACCAACCUCCAAGUCACUAUCGUCGUCGUCUCCAAAGCGUCUCACGCGCCCUAGAAGGGCCCAAAGCACCCCUCAACCUCAACGUGCCUCUUCCCCCGAGUCCAUCUUCUACCCCGACCUCAAUACCUCACCCGCCUUUGACCUGAUGCCUUUGGAACAGGCGCAAAGGUCGCCAACCAGGGCCUCGCCCGGUGAUGCUACAAAUGCAUGGGCGGACGAGCUUGUGGAGAGGUUCAACCUCGGCUCGCAUGAGGCGUCUGGUCUCGCACCACCUGCAGCCCCCGUGCCAGCUGGGAAUCGCAUGCAAGGAACGGAUGGCAGUGGGAUGUCCCGCGUGCCAACAGUUUUGACCCCGGGAGCUCAUGGAAGGCCAUACACGGCCGAGUGGCAGCAGUCGCGAGACCACAGUGCUGGAGAUGGGCUCGAAUGGGAUCCGCAUUCGGGGCAGCAUUCUUCGAUGCCGCUACAAUCCAAUAACCCAUUCUUGAAGCCCAGGAUCCCUUCGGGCUCAAAUCCUUGGGAGGGUUCUCAGUCCCGUGCUUCUUAUGGUGAAACGUCAUCGAUCUCACAGGAUGGCGCAAGUGGUCGCUUGGGUCAAGAUGAGGGCUAUAUUCCGAUGACGGCCCGCUUGUCGCUCCUAGAGCAACCCGACGAGGCGUCCUCGUGGGCUGAAGAGCAUACCAGCACUGCUCCGGAACCUACGCCAUAUUCGCAAGUACAACCUGUCCACUAUCUGCACGAACCAAGCCAGAUGUCUUCGGAUAAAAGUAUAAGUACACCGGCGUCCGUAAAUACAAACGCUACAGGUUCAUCUCAUGUUCUCGUCGACCUGAAUGAGGCUCCUCCCUUGCAGGCGGGAGAGCCAAGCAAGUUGAGCCCAAUGGAAUAUGGAAUCACAAGCGAAUCCUCCGGUCCUCCCCAGCCCCCAGAAUCUCUUUCAGGCCCACCUUUGCCGGAACGACCGAAGACCACGUCCGAGCCAGAGGCAGAAGCUCAUGCUCAUUCUGCGUCCAUAGCUCCAAUGUCUGAAGCUGAAGUGCAGCGCCAACAGGAGCAAAGAUCCGAGACUUACUCCAUCCGGCAUGUUCAUUGGACGAACUACACGGGCAUUCUAUGCGACUCACCAGUUCUGAUUCAGAACAAGAACGGGCCAUGUCCUCUUUUAGCAUUGGUGAAUGCCCUGGUUCUGCGUGCUGCAGGACAAGAAUUCCGGCCCCCAAUUGUGCGAGCGUUACAGACCAGGGAACAAAUUUCUCUAGGGUUGUUAAUUGAAGCAUUAUUUGAUGAGCUUACAAGUUGUUUGGGCCCAAAUGACGAGCUUCCGGAUAUAGAGGCUCUUAGCCGCUUUCUGACCAUGCUGCACACCGGGAUGAAUGUCAACCCACGACUCACGCUGGAAUCCCAAGAUAGUCUUGGCACCUUUCUCCAGACCGAUGUCAUCCGGUUGUAUAGUACAUUUGGCGUGCCAUUGGUACAUGGCUGGGUAGCCGCUCCAUCUACGGAAGUGCAUGCGGCCUUGGACCGGGUCGCUCAGUUUUAUGAAGAUAUUCAACUUCUUCCCUUUCGCAGGCAGGAGCUUGAAGACCGUGUCGUUCAGGGGGGCAUAUUGACCCCUCAAGAGGAACAAAUUAUGCAAGAUAUCCACACCAUCCACGGAUUUACGGAGGUUGAAAAUGCAACACAACUAAGUCCUUUUGGUCUCAAUCAGUUACUGGCGAAACUGCAGCCGGGGUCACUCUCCAUUUUGUUUCGCAAUGACCACUUCACAACGCUGUACAAGCACCCCCAGCUUAAUCGACUGUUCACUCUGGUUACCGAUGCGGGCUAUGCCUCUCAUGCAGAAGUUGUGUGGGAGAGUCUUGUUGAUGUGAACGGAUCAAGCACUAGCUACUACGCCGGAGACUUCCGGCCCGUCAGUCAUGAUGCUCCAAGGGUUUCAGAUCCUUCUGGUCCCCGAAUUUCGAGCAAUACAAGAGACUCUCUCCCGGUGCCGCCGGAACGACCGGAACGACAAAGCGCGAACCUAACGCCUCAGGAACAGGCCGAUGCCGAUUACGCCUACGCUCUGUCUCUUCAGUACCAAGAAGAGGAACAGAGAGCCAGCACCGCAAGUAAUGACAGACCUCCGGCGCAUCGCGCCUCCAUGUCCAACGCCUCAACUGGAGUAUCCCGCGAAUCAGCCUAUGGUCAUACCCGCUCAAGCAGUGGUGUCAACGUAAGCAGUACUGGCAGCGGAAGCACGUACGCGGCAGCUGCGCGAAAUCAGCUGUCGCAACAACAAAGUCGGAGCUCCGGACGACGCUCGCAGACUCGCUUUUCGACCCAUCGCCCUGUGCACGACGAUGAAGUCCCUCCCCCUUCAUACGAGCAGGCCGCCAGUACCCCGGUCUAUCCAUCCCCUCAACGAAGUGCCAUCAACACCACCGACUCUUCCUCGCCGUAUCAACGAAACACGGCCACAAGGCGAUCGCAUGGGAACUCUAUCUCAGCAGCAGCUUCAGAGCGCCCCAGAGACCGGAAUAAGGAUUGCGUGGUCAUGUGAGGUACUUCUCAUGACGAUAUUUGCUUACCGCACAAUUUUAGACUCAACUUUGGCCAGUGGACUCUAAACUUGGUUUUUGAUGAUACAAUGUGCAAUGAUUGAAUGCUGUGUAUGUACUAUAUGAUUUGCUGCUGAUUGAUAUUCUGCCGGACAAGUAGCAUACGGCAGGCUCUGUGUUACGAUGCUUGACAUGGUUAUUUACGGGACCUGGGUUUGAGUGCGGACGCGAUUUAUGGAAAGACAUUGAGACGUUGUUUCAGCAACUUCAAGGCUUUGACCUUGACAUAGUGCUUGGUUCUUAUGAAGUGUGUUUGGCGUUUCGUUGUACGUAUAUAGCGAGUUAGCGUGAGGUUUGCUAAAUCAUGAUUGCUGGAAUCGAGGAAACACAUUCAUCUGCACUCCCUUUCCCCGCGG